AUGAGUUGUUCUAGAGGAAGCACUAAUAGAACGAGACCUCAAAAACACCAAAAUAGAAGUGCAUUUAAGAAUACCUUACAUGACACCAGCAAAAAAACUAAACUCUUGAAUAAUCUAGAAGUAACUGGAGUAUGUGAGCGUUGUAAAGAAAUAAUUGAAUGGAAAAUAAAGUAUAAAAAGUAUAAACCUCUUACGGCACCAAAAAAAUGUGCUGGUUGUGAUCAAAAAAAUAUUAAGCAUGCAUACCAUAUAUUAUGUAGUAAUUGUGCUUCCGACAAAAAUGUUUGCACGAAAUGUUGUAAACCAAUAGAAGUAACUGAGAAAAAAGAAGAUAUCAAAGAAUUAAAUAAUGAAAAUCAAUUUCAUUCAAUGUUAAAAGGACUUCCUGAAAGGAAACGGCGUACUAUAUUAAGACACAUAAAAAAGCAACAAGAGGAAGGCCAUGAAAUGACUAAUACUAUUGUAGAACAUUUAAUGUUAGAAAUGGGCAAAGUUGAUUUAGAUGAUGACUUCAGUGAUUCUGAUGAUUAUUUUGGUUCUGAACAACAAUUACAA